GUGAUUCACUCCCUCCUUCGCCCCGGGGGCCCCUUCCCGGCCAGACGGCGGGCUAGACGACUGGGUGUGCAGCGUCCUCGAACCCGCGAGCAAACCAGCAGAUCCUCCGCUGCGGUAGAGACACCGGCCCACGCCAUGGCGGAUUCCGAGCGCUUCUCGGCCCCCGGCUGUUGGGCCGCCUGUACCAGCUUUUGGCGCACCCGAAAGGGAAUUCUCCUGUUUGCUGAGAUUAUACUGUGCCUGGUGAUCCUCAUCUGCUUCAGUGCCUCCACGCCCGGAUACUCCUCCCUGUCAGUGGUUGAGAUGAUCCUUGCUGCUGUUUUCUUUGUCAUCUACAUGUGUGAUCUGCACACCAAGAUACAGUUCAUCAACUGGCCUUGGAGUGAUUUCUUGCGAACCAUCAUAGCGGCCAUCCUCUACCUGAUCACCUCCAUUGUUGUUCUUGUUCACGGAGGAAACAACUCUUCAAUCGUCGCUGGGGUACUGGGCCUAUUUGCUACCUUCCUCUUUGGCUAUGAUGCCUAUAUCACCUUCCCUUUGCGCCAACAAAGACACACAGCAGCCCCUACUGACCCUGCAGAUGGCCCAGUGUAGGUGAACCACCCUUCAUUUCUCCUUGCAACCUGCAAAAACCACCUCCUUGGAAGUAACUCCUCCCCACCCUGCAACAGUACUCCUAGCCUACUCCUGCCCCCUUGAGGUAAAAGUGCCUUUACCUGGAGAUUUGUCUUCCAGCCUGCCAGUCAGACUUCCUGGGUAUGACCACCUUUGUGUGUGCCUAGUUCCCCCUGCCUUUUACAGUAUCCAAAAGGAGCAACCAGUUGUUCCUGGACUAUGCCCCCACCUAAGCCACUGCCCAAAAUGAUUUCGGACUCCAGUUGUGUCCCACUACAAAUAACCUCAGUGUGAGGUUAUUUAUCCUUGUAGAAGGAGAAAUAAAUAAUAAUAAACAGAUGGUUUAAUGAAUAAAUUAAUCCUCUGAUUAA